AGUCUCGGCCGAUCAACCAUCCGAUCGACCCGCAGCUAGCUAGCAAAAACAACACUCGAGCUGAGCGCAAUAAUGGCGAGGCGCGUGGGAGUCGUGGUGGUGCUGCUGCUGGCCUUGGCGGUGCUGGCCACGGCGCAGCCCGGCAGCAGGCCUCCCAAGGCCCAGGGCCCGAAGCCCAAGCCCACGAAGGUCAAGUGCGACGGGCGCAAGCUGUACCCGGCCUGCCCCAAGGGCGAGGUGGAGUGCCCCGCCUACUGCCCCGACUCCUGCUACGCCGACUGCAACGCCUGCAAGCCCGUCUGCGUGUGCAACGUGCCGGGCGCGUGCGGCGACCCAAAGUUCAUCGGCGGCGACGGCAACGCCUUCUACUUCCACGGCAAGACGGGCGGCGACUUCUGCGUCGUCUCCGACAGGGACCUCCACAUCAACGCGCACUUCAUCGGCAAGAGCGGCGCACCCGGCAUGACCCGCGACUUCACCUGGAUCCAGGCCAUCGGCGUGCUCUUCGACGGCCACCACAGCCUCUACCUCGGCGCCAGGAAGACCGGCGCCUGGGAAGACGAUGUCGACCGCCUGGAGAUCACCCUCGACGGCGAGCCCGUCCACCUCCCAGCUGCCGCUGCCGCCAAGUGGACCUCUGCCCGUGUCCCGGCGCUGUCCGUCACGCGCACCAAGGCCGCCAAUGGCGUGCUCGUCGCCGUCCAAGGGAAGUUCAGCGUCAGGGCCAAUGUUGUGCCGAUCACGGCGGAGGAGUCCAGGGUGCACCGCUAUGGGGUCACCUCCGACGACUGCCUGGCGCACCUCGAGCUGGCCUUCAAGUUCGAGGCUCUCACCGAUGAUGUUCAUGGCGUCGUUGGGCAGACGUACCGCCCUGACUAUGUGAACAGUUUCGAUGUCCGGGCGUCCAUGCCCACCAUGGGUGGGGACGCUAGCUUUGCGGCGUCUAGCUUGUUUGCCGCUGACUGCGCCGUUGCGCGCUUCGGGUCUGCUGGCGCCGGCGUUGUGAUGCCGUCGGAGCUCGCUGCUGUUACCUGCGCCAGUGGCAUGGACGGCAAAGGGGUGGUGUGCAAGAAGUAAAAGGGAGAAAGAAUUAAUACUUGGCCGCGCAUGGUUGCCAAGUAGUACACAGUAAUAAGCAUACGUUGCCAUCAGAUGACGUGUUGGGAUUAAUAUGAUUAUGUAUCGUUCUCUUCAGUUAAUUAUCAUGUAAUGUUCUGUAUUUUUUUCGAAAAGGAGUAGAUCAUGUAAUGUUCUGUUGCAUCAAAUAAAUUUGGCGUGCCGCGUUCUGUUCGUCC